AUGAAUAGAAGAGAGCUAUACGAAGUGUUUGGCCACGGGAUGCCUGCAGACAUGGAUCCUGUGGAAGCUGAUGAGGCAGAAUGCAUCCGACUAUCGUACAUCACCAACAACUCCAGUGAAAACAUCCUCUUGACCCUAAUUCCAAGGUACAAGUCAUCCUACAGUCAAGAGAGCGCCAAGUUUCUUAUUGAGACAAUAGCAAUGAUAGUAAACAAUCCAGAGAUGGCAGGGUCUGCCUUCAGCCCGGUAGCCCUCAUCCCUCUUGUUACAAAUACCUUUGGAGCAUCGUACUUUGAUGUCAUGGAGUGCUUUGAAAAGCUGAGUGAGAUUGAAGGAAUGGCAAGGAAGAUGCUUCUUCCUAUGAUAUAUGGACUAUCAUUCAAAUGUUCGCAAUUGGAUGCAGCAUCAAACAUAGCCAACUACACAUCUGCACUCGAGGCACUGACCGGGCUCCAUGGUGUCCUUGAGGAGCUCAAGAACGAGGUAUAUUGGGGGCUGGGUAACACCAGGCCUGGGAAAGAUGUCAUUCUCGACUUUCCUAUAUACUCUGGAUUUCCGUGCGGGUUUCCUUGCUUUCUUGACGGAUUUUUCGAGCCUUUCAUAUACAAGAAGUGCGACUAUGCGGCGCCUGCCCUUGAUUAUCUUGGAAUCUCCACAAGAGAAGUAGUGGAGAAGUCAAGGAGAUCCUACCGCACCCUAAGUGACCACUCAUACAAGAUGCACCAGAUAAUACACUCGAUUGUAAAGUCUUCCAAGGAGCUGAAAGCUAACUUCAUGAAGUACGUAUCCAAGGUCAUAUCGGUCAGUAAGGAAAGGAGCAAGACUAUUUUCAGCUGGCGGGAAAACAUAAGUGACGGAUUUGCAUACAAUAUGUCGAUGGUGAUGAGCAGAUUCAAUAGGAAAGUGAUUGACGGAGACAUGGUAGACAAGAUAAAUCCCGAGAAUGUGGAAGAGAUCUCCUUGGACUCUUUUCCGACGUUUUGCUACUUCACUAAGAUUCAUCUUCUAUUUACGUCAUGUGUGAAGUUUGGAGAGUACAUUAGAAGCCUGGCAUAUGAGUGCAGGCUUCUUGACGGGGAUGGCGGGGAAAGGAUGGAGGCAUACAGAAAGGGCAUAGACUCGAAGAUGAGCGCACUAAACGGGUUUCUCUUCAUGACGGAUCUCUUUGCAGAUGAAAAACCAUUCACCGACUUCAUGACAGAAUACACUGCUGAAGUCGAGUAUCCAUGGCCAGACUUCUACUACAAGACGCUUCUGUGGAUGCAAGAGAUGACACUUGAUCUGAUAAAGUCUGCAACGAUUUCAAACGCGCUAAACAAGGUGAUGGAGAGCAUCAUGGACUGGAGGAGUCCUAUAUUCAAGAAAGAGGUCGUGAAGAUAGUGAGCCAUAGGAGCUCUGCAAUAAAGUUUACAAUGCUCAACCGGAUAAUAGACUACUACAACUCUCUCGGAAGAGAUGAGAUGCGAAUGGAGCCUAGAAGCAUCAUCCACUCGAUCUUUAAGGAAGGAAAAGUGUUUUCCAGAAUGAAUGUCUGCAGAAGAAACAUCACAUUCAUCAACUGCAUGAUGAAGGACUUUGAAUACAGCCUGUCUGAGGGUCUUUCAUCCAUCAAGGACAUAAAGGAGGACAUGAAGGUUGUUGAGGAGCUGAGCAGGGAGCUGGACGAGGCUAAGAAAGAGAGGGUGGAGGAAAAGAAGAUUGAGUCGAUUAGCGAGAGAAUAGGGUCGCUAAGGAAAAGCAUCCGCUUCUCAAAAAACAAGGCGAGAAAUUCCUUUUUGUACGUUGACGGAUGCUUCGACUUGUUCACACAUAUUCUUGAUGAGAAGCCCGACCUAUUCCUGGUCGACGAGAUGAUUUCGAACUUUGUAAGGGUCUUGAACUGCAACCUGAAGAUCAUCACCGGGCCCAAGUGCACCGAUCUUGUGAUAAAAUCUCCAGAGCAGUAUGGAUUUGAUGCAAAGAAUCUCCUGAGGCGAAUGGUCAUGGUCUACAUAAGGAUUCGCAGCAGUAAGUUUGUUGAGAUGGUGGCCAGUGACAAGAUGUACUUUGACAUCGAUUUUUUUCGUACGGCCCUUCGGAUAUGCGAAAACAAGUACCUCAUCAAUGAAUCACAAGUGGAGGAGCUGAGAAGCCUCAUAGAUAGGCUGGAGAAAGUCGAGGUGAUUGAGAAGGUUGAGUCCGUCCCUGACGAGUUUAUUGAUCCGUUGACAUUCAACCCAAUAAGAAACCCUGUGAAGCUCUUGACUUCGAGAAUAACUGUAGACAGAUCCACAUAUGAUAUGCUGAUGAUGAACGGAGGAAUAGAUCCGUUUAACAGGAUGCCCCUUACGGAGGAUAUGGUUAUAGAAGAUGCUGAGCUUAAGGAAAAGAUAAACAGGUAUUACGGAUGUAGUGGCCAAGGUGGGGAGGCUUGA